CCCCCCCGCCCCCCGUCGGCCAUGCGGGCGGCCUGCGCCGUGGGCCUGGUGUUCGCCGGCUGCUGCAGUAACGUCAUCUUCCUGGAGCUCCUGGCCCGGAGGUUUCCAGGAUGUGGGAACAUCGUGACGUUUGCACAGUUUUUAUUUAUAGCGGUGGAAGGUUUUAUCUUCGAAGCUGACCUGGGAAGGAAGCCGCCAGCCAUUCCAAUAAGGUACUAUGCCAUCAUGGUGACCAUGUUCUUCACUGUCAGUGUGGUGAAUAAUUAUGCCCUGAACCUCAACAUUGCCAUGCCACUGCAUAUGAUAUUUAGAUCGGGUUCUCUAAUUGCCAACAUGAUUCUAGGCAUCAUCAUUUUGAAAAAGAGGUACAGCGUAUCCAAAUACACCUCCAUUGCUCUGGUGUCGGUGGGAAUUUUUAUCUGCACUCUAAUGUCUGCAAAACAGGUGGCUUCCGAGUCCAGUUUGAGUGAAGCUGAUGGGUUCCAAGCAUUUGCAUGGUGGUUAUUAGGUAUAUGUGCACUGACGUUUGCCCUUUUGAUGUCUGCCCGGAUGGGGAUCUUCCAGGAGACGCUAUAUAAGCAGUUUGGAAAACACUCCAAAGAGGCUUUGUUUUACAACCAUGCAUUACCAUUACCUGGCUUCCUCUUCUUAGCUUCGGAUAUUUAUGAUCAUGCAAUUCUCUUCAGCCAGUCUGAACCGUACCAAGUCCCAGUCCUUGGAGUGACUAUGCCCAUCAUGUGGUUCUACCUCCUCAUGAACAUCAUAACCCAGUACGUGUGCAUCCGAGGAGUGUUCAUCCUCACGACGGAAUGUGCCUCCCUGACGGUCACGCUGGUUGUGACGCUGCGCAAGUUCGUCAGUCUCAUUUUUUCCAUCCUCUACUUCCAGAACCCUUUCACGCCCUGGCACUGGCUGGGCACCCUGUGCGUCUUCAUCGGGACCCUGAUGUACUCAGAAGUGUGGAAGAACCUCGGGGCCGCCUGGGGUCGGUCCCACAAGGAGGACAAGAGGGAGUGAAGGCCACCAGGGAGGGUCAGCUCUCUGACGGUGGGAAGGGCGAGGAUGGGGAUAGGGUGACCGGCUGGCCCCCGUUUCACUUCUUUGAACGCUUACGCUUUCCAGCGUGGAACAGAACUUACAGCCGGGAAUCCUCUGAACCUGAGGAAUUCCAGAGCUCUGGCCAUGGGAGCAGUCAUGCCUCAUGGACCACCAACACGGCAGCCCUCAAAUAGAGAAGGGCUUUUAGCUCCAGCCUCUUGAACAGCAAUUCCUUCCUUUCUUUGCUUUUCCAAAACUAUUAAGGAGAUUACCUCUCAGUUAGUUUCCGGGCAUGUGGGAGGCCCUAGGUUUUUGCCCCUCUCUCAGGUUGUAUUACUCAUUUUGCUGCUACUCCUCUGCCACAGCUGCCCUAGUCUUGCCCUCUCCUUGCUCCGCCCUCAGCAGCUGCUCCAAAAUGUGGGUCAUCCCUGCACAAUCAGAAGAAACCACCAACAGGUUGAGAGAGUUGUCACCCAUUUGGGUUUCCGCCAAGAGACUGGGGAAAAGAGCAGUUGUUCAGUACAGUAGUAUGAUAGCAGAGUUGGCGACAAUCCCUUUGCUUUGUUUCAUUCUUUGCAUUACCCCUACUUCCCUAUAUACGAGGAAGAUGAGACGAUUCCCUGAUAAUGCUGCUCAACAGCAGGAAAGAAUGAAGAGGCAUGGCUGGAUCUAUGGCCACUUAUGGGGAGGUCAGGGACUGGACUCUUUACUCGCCCAACGAGAAAAAGUAUAAGACUUGUACCAAGGCACAAUGCUUGAGGACGCUUUCCCAGACUCAGUCAACAGCUGCACAGAAGCUGUUUCAGAAUUUAAAGACUGUUAUCCAGCACUCCGUUCUCUGUAAGAUGCUAGAUAAAUGCUUGUAGAUUAAGGAGGAUCGAACACCGUAUUAACUGACCAUAGGUAGAAGCGAUAAAGCGAGAGUCAGUUAAGUUACUAAAUAGACUAUAGCCAUUUUACGGAAAACCUCGUUGAGUGAAGUCACAUGAAUUAAGAUUAAGUUAUUUCAUGAAGCAACACUAAGACUUGUUGAGUACUGUUCCUUGUUUUUUCCCUUUUUACUGCCUUUCUCUGGAAGCCUCCUACCCCAAGGGUUCCAAGGUAGGGUAUUAUGAGCCUCCUUUGCUGCAGAUGUCUUUGUGGGGUGCUGGGCCCCAAGCCCAGAAAUCCCCUCUUGUCCCUUAACCUGAGGUAUUGAUUUAAAGGGGUGGAGGUGUGGCCACGUUACAACUCAGAGAAGGGUGUGCCCACCAAACCCACUUAGGGAGAUGUUGUUUUAGAGAAUAUGAGAACUCUGCAGGCCAUUUCCUUAUGAUUUUGGACUUGGGAUCUCUCUUCCCAUUUUCAUACUUGGAUUUUUUUAGAAAGAGGCAUUAAAGUACUUCAUGAAUCAACAAGGUAUUUUCUUGAAUCCCUGAGUCUUCUGGGUCUAGAGGAGGGAACGGGCUAUAUCAGGAGGCAAUAUUCUCUCAUUAAAUCUCUCUCCCUCGAUCUUGCUCAAAACAGUCAUUUGGUUUCCUGACCAUACAAGCCCGUUAACACAGCCUGUGUUCGGGUUAAGGCAUCUGAGUUUUUCUUCCUUAGGGAUGAAGAAGAUCGUCUCUGAUCAGCUGUUACCAGUUUUUUGGCAGGUUCACAUUGUAUGAGCAGAACAGGCUACUUCCCGAUGUCAUUUCCCCUGUCAUUAUGGAGUAUCAGGGCCCCUUCACCUUGUCUGACCUAGAGGCAUUACAGAAGCCUGUCUAGAAGGUAAGAGUUCAGAAUCCUUGCCCAGCUAUGUCCCUGAAUACAUGGGUCCCUUUGCCUCUUGGCUUCAGGCUUCUUAUCUGAACAAUGAAACAGUUUCUUUGUCUGCCUAAAUGACAGGGCAAUGAGAUGGCCUUAUAUUACUGUUGAUGUGAACACCCCAGUGCCAGCAAUUUCUGGGGCCAAAAAAUUUCAGUAUGGCCCCAGGGGGACUCAAAAGUGUGUGGAGAUCCUUGGCUACAAAAUGAUUUUAUGCUUUCAUUUCAAAGAACCUACAGGGUAUUCUUAAUGUGAAAUGUGAUUGAGCUAUUCUCUGUGUAGGGGCCAGAUUAUGUUUAAUGGGGUAAACAGCUGAAGAAAUAUGACUUGCCUCCUCCUCCAGCAGCAGCAGCACAUUAGCCUCCAUUUAGACAGUUGUAAGUAAUACAUGUUUACAGAAGUAAUUCAAAUCUGGGUGUUCUGCAUGAAUAUCAUAAACCUGGGUCCAUUAAGUUUGCAAUUCCAUUUUUGGAGCUGAAUUUGCUUCCCUGAAUCAGUCCACAACUUCCAGUUGAACAGAAACAAUGCAUACCGAUGAAUCAUAAAAAAGGACUCAAAGCCAGGCUCCACCUGCCCAGGGCCAAACUAAUGGCAGUUUGAAUAUUUUUUUUUCAGCAGGUACAUUUGCUUAAUGGCUUUGAUCAUAUAGAGUUGGAAGAGAUGACGAGAGUUCAAAUGGGCCCAUCCCCUCUCUCCAGGCAGGUGAAUAACUAAGCUGUCAGUGUGAUCUAUUAUCUUUUUAGAAGACCUCUAGUGUUGGAGACUUAACCUACCUCAGUAGUUUGUUUCAGGGUUUGUCACUUUGACAGGACGUUCUUCCUUCGCGGCUAAGGGUACCAACUCUGGGCUGUCUUUGUUUACGCUCUUGUCCUCUGUGGAUGGCUGGUCCCGUAUCCUCUUCAUACAUUUGAAGACAGGUCCUACAGGAAAGGUCAGAAGGGUUGUGAGUGGACUAAGGAUUGACUGAAUAUUUCAUUUCCGUCCCUUUAAUUUCUUUGAUUUCAUGUCUCUAAACAUGAUGGUCUCUAGACCCUCCACAUUUUCUCCUCCAAGGACAAUCAUUCAGUCAGUGGUAUUUAUUGAGCACUUACCUUGUGCAGAGCAAUC